AAGAAUAGCAUUGUGAAUUUUUUUUUAAAAAAUAGACAAAAAUGAAAUAUGUUAAUAGUAAUAAUUCCAUUUCAUCAUUGGUUUCAACACAUACAAAUACAAGUAAUAAUUCUUCAUUUGAAGAACUUGUAUCAAAAUUAUUCUCCUGUAAUAUCGUACUUGUAUUGACCGAUAAUGCCAAACAAUUUGUACGAAAUUGUUUUGACAAUGUAACAUUUGCAUCGAUUUUAAAUCAAUUCGCAUCGAUCGCAAAUCUUCAUUUGACAAUCCGUGAUCUUAAUGGACAUAAUGCCUAUGCACUAAAUAAGAUUCGGUUUAGAUUUUUUGAUAUUGAUCAAUUUAAAAAUCGUCCGAAUGGAACACAGCUAAAAAAACUUCAUUCCGAUAUUAUAUCUUCCAUGUCAAAUGCAUAUUUAAUGCAACAAAAUGAUGAUGAUAAUGGUGAUAAUAAUUUUAUGAAUGAGACACCUUGGUAUGAUAUGUGGAAAAAUGUCUUCAUCGAUACGUUAGAACCAACCGAACAUGAUUUUAUCGGUACAAAUUGUGGAUGUUUUUUCGUGAUAACCAAAACUGAAUUACCUCAUUAUAAAGUUAUUUUUGAACGUCUUUGCUCAUCGGUGAAACAAAAUUCUACACUUCGUUUCAUUCAAGCAGAUUUUGUUCGAUAUUUUAUUGUAUUGAGUGAUCAGAUACUUGAUUCUCCAUUAUCACCGAAUGCCGAUGAAUUCACUAAAACGUGUCAAAAUCUAAAGCUUGAUUUUCCAAAUUCAUUUGUUUUUUAUAUCGAUGUAAAUGGUGUAUCAUCAUCAAAUGCCCGUCCUGAUGAUCCAUUCAAAUCGACGACUGAUGCAAUUGGUAAUCAAAUACCCGACGUGAUUAAUGAAAACAUUAUGGGUGAUAUAAAUCCUACCGAUCCUCUCAGUGUUGUUUCGGAAACAAAUAACGAGAAUUCCAAAUUUUAUCAAGAACUUCAAUCACAGCGCCAACAAAGUCAUCAACAACAAAAUAAUAGCUCAACAACAACACCUUCGUUACAAUCACGUGAUAUUAUUAAUGAUUGGCUAUCUCAUUUGUCCAUCCAUGAUCAUUUAAAAGAGUUAUUAGAUUCAGUUUCAGAAACUAUAGAUUUCAUGCUUAGAGAAUUCAUAUCCAAAUUUCUUGUUCCAUGGGCUGAACGGCAAAUCAAAAUUCUAGGUGAACUAAUCGCUCUACGUCGAGGUUUUCGCAAAAGUUUAUUCAGCGCUACAAAAUCAUUGCUAAGUAAUAUGUCUUCAUCGACUGUUGGCCUGUCAAAAUCGCUAGGAAGUUCCGGUGUUAUUUAUAUUCCUGAUGCUCAAGAAAUGCAACAAAGAAAAUUGGCCGAUAUUUGUAUGAUAUUUAAUAUCUAUGAAAUGGCUCACAGUCUUUAUUAUGGUGCUAGAAAAGAUUUUCAAUCCGAAUCAGCAUGGAUAUAUUAUGCAGGUGCUUCGGAAAUGAGCGCGAUUUCUUCAUAUUUCCUUCAUAAAUAUCAACACAAUCAUAUGGAACAGGCGAUUACAACAUAUCUUGAUCUUUGUCGUACGGUAAAUCUAGCUACUCGAGCAACCAUUUUGGCAUCCGAACUAUUAUGCCAAUUACAUCGUUAUGAUGAUGCGGCCAAUCUUUACAUUCGAAUGACCGGUGAUGAUUCUGAUCUUCGUUCUGCUUUAUUUCUUGAACAAGCAUCCAAAUGUUAUUUAUCUGUGUCACCAAAAUUAUCUUUGAAACGAUCAUCAACAAGUCAAAUAUUAUUGAAUGCAAUCGAAAAAUCUUUCACCGAUGAUCGUGUCAGUACAUUAGGUUGUCGAUAUCGUAAAGCAGCAUUCCACUAUAUAUUGGCUGGUCAUCGUUAUAAUCGCUGUGGUUUGAAACAUUUUGCCUUGUUUUGUUAUCGUCGUUAUAAUUAUCCCAAUUGGGAAGCGGCAUCCGAUCACGUUAAUCUAACUGUUGCUCGAUUAUUUUUAUCCAUAGCAUCGACAAACAAUUUUCGUAAACAAGCCGAAUAUUAUCAAAAAGGAUUGGAAAUUUUGAGGAAAUUUUCACACAAACAACUUUUUUUCAAUGAAUUUUUACGUGAAUUGAAAAAAAUGUCCAAUAAUUGGCCAAUCGAUUCCAAUGAUACUGUUCAACAGUUGCAACAAGUGCAAUCAUCUAAUCUAUACGUUUUAGAUAUUCCAUACAUUGAUCGGAUUGAAUUCAAAUCACCUGAUUCGAUACAAUUGGGUGAAAAAAGUCCGUUGGUACCACGGAAAUUGAUUCGAACCACUUGUUUUGUCGGGGAAGAAGUGCACAUUCAAUUAAUCAUUAUUGUUCCAUUCGAAUUGGUCAUAUCAAACAUUUCACUUAUACCAGAUAAACCAGACCAUAUAACACCGGUUGUUCACAUCGAACCAAUAACUAUUAGACCAAAUGAAAAAAAUCUGCUUGAUCUGAAAUUUAUCGCAAAUUUCGAAUCUGAAUUCUCAUUUAUUGGUCUCAGUUAUCAAAUAGAUGGAUUAAAUUUCAAGAAUCUUUUCAAACAAAAAACACAAAACUUAUUGGCAUUUGUGUCGAUACAUGGGUUACCAUUGAUCAUGUUCAACGUUCACUUUAAUGAACUUCAAUUUGGUAUUAGGGAAUGUCCAAUUGAAAAGCUUUUAACCACUAAUCGAAUCAAUAUUCCUAAAAAAGUAUAUGGAUCAGAAAUAUUAACGUUUGGUAUUACAUUCGAAACGAAUGUUUCUCAUAAUGAAUUGAAUUUGAUACAAUUGAGUACGAAUACAAAAGAUUUUUAUGAAUGGAAUUUGAAUGAAUCAAACGACGAACGAUUCGAAGCUCAUUACAUAAUCAAAGAUUUAAAUCAACCAUUGAACUUAUCGAUGCAAAUACCGCCAAACAUUAAUGAACAUAUUGUCUAUUUUAAACUCAGCUAUCAAUCACCGGAUGGUCGUAAUCGAACCGUUAUUCGAGAAUUAUAUUUCGAAGUUAUACCUUGUAUUGAAAUCGAAAUGUUUCUAUUUGAUCAAGUGAUUACAUUGCAUAAUCUUAGUCAGACAGAAUCUUUAGCCAUCUAUGAUGUUACUGUUGGUGAUGAGAAUUCAUCAAUCAUGCCGUUAAAUCAUUCUGAUUCGAAUUGUGUACUUAUUCCGAUCAAUUUAAGCGCUCAUCUUCUAAUACAAAAAUCAUCCAUACAAUGGGUACUUUAUGGCAAUAAUAUACAGGAAAAUAAUCGUCAUGGUAAAAUCAAUCUGAUUUUAUCAUCAUUGUCAAUACAAGUUUAAAAUUGCAUGUUUUGUUGUCGAUUUUAUCAAUUUUUGGCCUUUAAUUUUUUUAUUGUCACAAUUAUAAU